AUGAGACCUGUUACAGCUGCCCGUACAUCUUUGCCAAUGUGGAUGAUUGCCCUCAUUGUUUUUGGAGUGUUGGCAAUCCUGGGAGUAACUAUUGGCCUCCUGGUCCAUUUUCUGGCAGUAGAAAACAGGACCUACUAUUAUCAAGGUAGCUUUAAAGUACUGAAUAUCCCAUAUAAUAGCAAUUAUGGAAGGGAGACAUCACCAGAAAAUAACUAUCUUAGCAAACUUCUUGAGACUAAGAUGGUUGAUGCGUUUGAAAGUUCUAGCAUUUACAGGCAAUAUAUCAACUCUCAAGUGAUCAAACUGUUUCCUGAUAGGAACAGUGUGACAGCACAAAUAUGGCUGAUAUUCAAGUCUCCCAGAUCAAUGAAGGAAGGCACAAGGACAAGCAUUGAAAGCAUCUUACGUCAAAUGCUGAGGAAUCACUCAGGAUCCUUGACUACAGAUCCUAAUUCUCUUAGGCUCUUGGAAAUCAAAAAGGUUGAUGCUGAAAAGAUUAUCAACAGCUGUUGUGGGAGGCGAGCAAGGAUGUCAGCUACAUAUGAUCGAAUCAAGGGAGGCUCCACUGCUCAGGAGGGAGAAUGGCCUUGGCAAGCAAGUCUCAAAAAGAAUGGCCAACACUACUGUGGGGCUUCUUUGAUCAGUAACAGAUACCUUGUGACUGCAGCUCACUGCUUUAAAAAGACACAAAAUCCAAACAACUACACAGUCAGCUUUGGCACUAAAGUAAAUCCCCCUUACAUGCAACAUAAUGUUCAAAAAAUUAUUAUUCAUGAAGACUACAUCCCGGGUGAGCAUCAUGAUGAUAUUGCAGUUAUACUGCUCACAGAGAAUGUUUCAUUUAAGAAUGAUGUACAUCGAGUUUGUCUUCCUGAAGCCACACAGAUUAUUCCACCAGGUGAAGGUGUUGUGGUUACAGGAUGGGGAGCACUUUCGUAUGAUGGUGACUAUCCAGUGUUACUUCAAAAAGCACCUGUCAAGAUUAUUGAUACAAACACCUGUAAUGCUAAAGAAGCAUAUAAUGGUGCAGUAUCGGACACAAUGCUAUGUGCUGGAUAUAUGGAAGGAAAUAUUGAUGCUUGCCAGGGUGACUCUGGAGGACCACUAGUUUAUCCCAAUUCUCGAAAUAUUUGGUACCUUGUUGGAAUAGUAAGCUGGGGAGAUGAGUGUGGUAAAAUCAAUAAACCAGGUGUCUACAUGCGAGUGACUGCCUAUCGGAACUGGAUUGCCUCCAAGACUGGUAUCUAAGAGAGAAGCAUCUUGUAGUAACCAUGAUGGUCGUUUUUGUUUGUUACUGCUCAGCCCUAUUUCACAUGCAUUUUAAAGUAGUGUGAACAAUGGCUGCUUUGAAAAAACUGGUCUUGAGGGAAUAAUUAUGAACUUAAUUUUAAGCAUACUCCAUAACACAAAACAAGAAAUCUCAUUUUUAAUCCAGAAAGGCCUAAGCAAAGAAAUUGCUCCUAUCAAAAACAGACUAUUGUUUUCUAUUUCAUGAGCCCACAUCACAGCUAUCCCACCACAGUUCAAAGCUGUCUAUUUAUUCAGACUUUCUGUAGUUAUGAAAGUGUGUCCUUGUCCACAGCAAGUUAGCAAGCAGCACUGCCAGAGACUGAAACCAAUGCUUUCUGAGGAUGGCAUUUGGAACAUGCUCUAUACACCUCCAUGUUAUAACUUUUGCAGAAGAGGUUGUAAGUGAAACCUGGUCAGAAUUAAAGCACUAAGUUACAGCCCCUUAUUUUUUCUGGAAUCUUGAUUAACUCUUGCAAUCAUUGUGAAAGAAUUUCACCAUUAACAAAACUAGGCAAAGCAACACAAUUUAGUCUUAACAGAGACCAGGUAUAGUAAUUCUUCAGUGUCAGUACAGGUUUCUGUGGAAAUUCUUUGUCACAUAUGUACAAAAAAAGCUGUUGUGACACAUGAAAGUGUGUAAUGUAUUUUGAUUAAAAUGU